CAACUUGCAGUAAAUAGUCUGUGGUAAAUUAUCAAGGGAUGUUUUGAAAAUAGUAAUAUAAAUACCGCUUUAAUUAAACCCUUUUUAAUGUUUUAUAUUGACUAUAAAUAAUUUAUCUGAGAUGAACUUUUCUUAUAUAGAGUAGUGCUAUUUCAAAUAUUUAAGAUCCGGCAUCACUAUGAGUGUUUUGAUAAAUCGACAGAAGUACUCCGCAGCUUUUGUGGCGUCUAGUUAUUUUUGCAUUUCUGCUAGUAUUUUGACGGUUACUCUAUUUUCUGGAAACAUAUUGGGUUACACAUCGGAAUUGUGGGCGUUGAAAUACUGGGGACCAGCAUUGUAUUUAUGCCUACUUAAUUUUACCCUUCGGUAUUCAUUAAAGGGCUUCCCAUAUGAAGUGGCCUUAAGAUCAGCAUUUCUAGGAUCAGUGUUAGCAUUUGGGUUGUAUUUGACUUCAUUAACUGCAGCAUGGAGGGCAUUUGGCCUGUAUAUAAUAGCACUUUCAAUGUUUCAUUUCUCUGAAUUCUUUGCUGUUGCACUUACAAAUCCAAGAACAUUGACUAUUGAUUCAUUUAUUUUGAAUCAUAGUAUUCAGUAUUGGCUUGCUGCAGUCGCUAGUUGGAUUGAGAUGUCAGUUGAGUGUUAUUUCUUUCCUGGCCUUAAAUCAGCACAAUGGUUGACAACAUUGGGUGUUGCUAUGUGUAUUAGUGGAGAAGUGUGGAGGAAAAUGGCUAUGUUUACAGCUAAAACUAACUUUAAUCAUCAUGUACAGACAGUAAAGAAAGCAGAUCAUCAACUUGUUACAAGUGGUGUGUAUGCAUUUUGCCGCCAUCCUAGCUACAUGGGUUGGUUUUACUGGUCAUUAGGUACACAGAUGAUUCUCAUAAACCCAAUAUGCUUGAUGAUCUAUACCAUAGUUUCCUGGUCUUUCUUUCAAGAGCGUAUUUAUGCAGAGGAAAUGUUCCUUGUGUCUUUCUUUGGAAACCAAUACCUUGAAUAUCAGAAGCAGGUUGGCACUGGGAUCCCAUUCAUCAAGGGAUAUGUUCCUGAAGACAGCUGGUGAUGGUUGAACUUUAGUUACAAAAUGACCAGGAGAUACUCAUGGUGAUAAACUGAGAAAAGAAGAGUAGAAUUGUAAAUACAUAAUUUCAACAUAAAAUGGUUUUUAUGUGUAAUGUAAUAAUUAAAUAGUUAGUAAUUGUAAUAAAUAUUAACAAUUGAUUAUCAGUUCUAAGUAUAAGUAAAGUAUUUAAAUCUCAGGCACAAUUCAUUGUGUUCCUAUUUAGUAAUUCACUGUAAAUAUGUACUUACAUAUAUUACACACAUUAUUUGCAUUUUUAAAGAUUUUCAUUAUUGUUUUAUUUCAUG